AUGGCGGAUGACUCCUACGUGCAGGUGCAUCCCACAGGUAUUCGCCACUUGCUGCCGCGACGAACCAACGAGUGGCGCGUGCCGGGGCAGAAGCGUAUCGUGACCGCUGCGGCCAACGAGCGACAGGUGGUGAUCGCUCUGUCGGGUGGAGAGAUUUUGUAUUUCGAGAUCGAUGAGAGCCAUACCCUCAACGAGGUGCGGGGAUGGAUUGUGGUGCAUUAA